CACACGUUUCAAGAAUCCAUCACCUUUGACACAAAUUCAACAUAAUUAAGCAUAUCUUUUCUUAAGAAAUAAGCAUACUCAUAUAUAUAUAUAUUUUUUCAGCAAGAAUCUUGAGAGAGAGGCUUCUGUGAUAUGGGAGAGGAUUCAAUGAGUUUGAGCGUUGAAUUAUGGAGGCCCAAGGCAGAGAUUCCAGCAAUCGCUCCUCCUCCAUCUCAACUCCAUUGCCCUUCAAUGACAACGUCGCCGGUUUUUGUCAUAGCUCCAAAAACUCCCAGAAGCCCACUGGCCAUCCCCAUGAAGAAGGCAAUUGCGAGCGUACAAUGUUACCUGGAAGAAGUUGGCCACUUCACCAAGCUUGACCCACAAGAAGCAUGGCUUCCAAUAACUGAGUCUAGAAGCGGUAACGCUUACUUCUCAGCAUUUCACACUUUGAGCUCUGGAAUCGGAGUGCAAGCUCUUCUUCUUCCCCUCGCCUUCACUGCCCUUGGCUGGGCUUGGGGACUUGCAUGUCUAUCACUAAUUUUCAUGUGGCAGCUAUACACUUUAUGGCUGUUGAUUCAGCUGCACGAAUCCGAAUCUGGGAUUCGCUAUAGCAGAUACCUGAGACUAUCAAUGGCAGCUUUUGGUGAGAAGCUAGGGAAAUUGCUGGCACUCUUUCCGAUCAUGUACUUGUCGGGAGGGACAUGUGUGACCUUGAUUAUGAUCGGAGGUGGAACGAUGAAAAUACUUUACCAAAUUUUGUGUGAAGAAACUUGUAACAUGAAGCCAUUGACAACAGUAGAUUGGUACUUGGUAUUUACUUGCUCGGCCAUUGUUCUAGCUCAGCUUCCCAACUUAAAUUCCAUAGCAGGAGUUUCGCUAAUUGGCGCAAUCACAGCUGUUAGCUACUGUACCUUGAUAUGGGUAGUGUCCAUUAUUAAAGGUAGGCCUAUGAACAUCUCUUAUGAUCCUCCACAGGCAAAGUUCGAUGUGGCCAGUCUCUGUAGCAUCCUCAAUGCACUCGGGAUUAUCGCCUUUGCUUUCAGAGGGCACAAUCUUGUGCUUGAAAUACAGGGGACUAUGCCUUCAAAUGUGAAGCAACCAUCCCGUCUGCCUAUGUGGAGAGGAGUAAAGUUCGCAUAUUUAAUUAUAGCAAUGUGUUUGUUUCCCCUUGCAAUUGGUGGCUAUUGGGCUUAUGGAAACUUGAUUCGAGGAGAUGGAGGGAUGAUAAAUGCGUUAUAUAAAUACCAUGGACACGACCCAUCCAAGAUGGUACUUGGAUUAACGAGUAUGCUUAUAGUCAUUAAUUGCCUGAGCUCGUUUCAGAUAUAUGCAAUGCCAGUAUUUGACAAUUGGGAGAUUAAAUACACCAGCAAAACGAAUAAACCAUGCCCAAGGUGGCUACGCUCUGGGUUUAGAGUCUUAUUCGGAUGCUUGGCAUUCUGUAUAGCAGUGGCAUUUCCAUUCUUGCGUAGCUUGGCAGGAUUGAUCGGAGGGAUAGCACUACCUGUUACCUUAGCAUAUCCAUGUUUCAUGUGGAUUAUAAUUAAGAAACCCCAAAAGUAUGGUGCAAUCUGGUGGCUGAACUGGAUGUUAGGGCUCUUGGGAGUUGUACUUAGUGUUCUGGUGGUCACUGGAGCAAUAUGGACAAUUGUGACUGCGGGAAUAGAGAUUCACUUCUUCAAACCGCAGUAAACAGUAGCCGUACAUUUACCUAGGUGCCUCAGAAUCUGAGCUGUAGCUGUUCUGUUAGAACUAACUAUUUAUCUACUACUAAUAAAUUACAACCAGUGAGAGAGCAAGGCAUUCUAGUGGUUACUUGUAGCUAUCCUCUCACUUUCUUAGAUUAAUGCAACUAAGCACCUUUGACAUUAAUAUUCUAGCGUUUAAAGUUUCUAAUACAGCAUCGCAAAUCCAAGUCCAGAGACCCAUUCCUUU